CCUAGACCCUACACUGACUUCAUCCCAUUAUUAAACCCAAAAUCUCCCGCUGCCCUAGCACCAUCUGAGCUCUCACUCUCUCUCUACCCAUAAUUGUUUUAUGCAUCUCUUUCCCCAUAACAACUGAUUCACCAUUGCCAUUGCUCUUUCUCCAGGCCAAGGGCAGGGUUCACUUGUAGUUGAUCAAGAAUAUGAUGUCUAUGAUCUUGUAAUGAUGUUAGCCAUCAACCCUUCUGACAAGAAGACAUUCCAACGCCACAUCUCUGAAGGUGAUCUGGUCAUAGUAUACGAGAGACAUGACAGCAUGAAGGCCAUCAAGGUCCAGGAUGGCUCAGAGCUUCAGAACAGAUUCGGUGUUUUCAAACACUCUGACUGGAUUGGUAAGCCAUUUGGGUCCAAGGUCUUCAACCAAAAGGGAAAGUUUGUGUAUCUAUUGGCACCCACCCCAGAGCUAUGGACAUUGGUCCUCAGUCACAGGACUCAGAUACUUUACAUUGCUGACAUCAGCUUCGUUAUUUCGUUUUUGGAGAUUGUGCCUGGUUGCGUGGUGCUUGAGUCUGGGACAGGCAGUGGGUCACUCACCACUUCCCUUGCUAGGGCGGUUGCUCCAACAGGACAUGUCUACACCUUUGACUUCCAUGAACCCCGAGCUGCUUCUGCAAGGGAGGAUUUUGAGAAGAUAGGUAUGAGCCAAUUGAUUACAGUAAAUGUCCGGGACAUCCAAGGUGAGGGCUUCCCAGAGAAGUUCGAGGGGACUAUAGAUUCAGUUUUUCUAGACCUUCCCCAGCCUUGGCUAGCCAUUCCAUCUGCAGGAAAGAUGUUGAAACAGGAUGGAGUUAUUUGCUCAUUUUCUCCAUGUAUUGAACAAGUCCAACGUUCAUGUGAGGCACUAAGAUCGUCUAAUUUUACAGAUAUAAGAACAUUUGAGAUUCUACUUCGCACAUAUGAAGUUCGUGGGGGGAAGGAGGGACUGGGUACAAUAGAGGAGGGGGAUUUUGUAGGUUCGCUUCCACGCAAGAGACCAUAUUCUAAUGGACACAGCAGUAAUGUUGUGAGGGAGACAGCGAGUUGUGUCGUUGCGAGACCGUGUUCUGAGUCAAGGGGCCACACUGGUUAUCUAACAUUUGCCAGGUUCUGUCUCACCAUUUAAAAAAUUUUCUCACUUGACUUACAUUGGUUUUGAGCUUCUCUUAUUUAUUAUGAGCUCUCUCGCUCUCUCUCUCUCUCUUUCUCUCACACACACACGAUCUCUCUCUCACACUGGCUAUCUAACAUUUGUCAGGUUGUGUCUCACCAUUUAAUUUUUUUUUCUCUUACUUGACUCACAUUGGUUUUGAGAUUCCCUUUUUUAUUAUGAUCUCUCUCUCUCUCAUACACUCAUAAAUAUACAUGCGCAUACGCACAUACACAUUUUCUUGUCUUUUUGGCAGCCUAAUUCUCUGCACAUAUUUAGUA